CCACGAUCUGCGCGACCUCAGAAAACACUCAUGUGUCUUUCGAGAUGGCGACGCUGUCUUCGCCUUUGAGGGUCUGCAGGGGGAUACUCAAAGAGCUCCGCGCUGUGCACGGGUCAAAAUAUAGACAAUCUCUGGCUUAUAACUAUGUGAUGGACCAGUUUCGUAAAAAUAAGGUAACAGGAGAACGAUACUGUAGAGCACAACAGGAGGCGCACCAUGCUGCUUGCACAUACCUUUGUUUGCUGUCAUCCACAAGAAAUCACAUGAUCCUACACAACCUCUACCAUGGCAAGGGAGACCGCAGCACAGAACAAGCAGCAAGCCUAGUGGGUCUCCGUUUACCCUCACAGCCUGGGGGAAAAGGCUGGGAGGAAUGACGAUACAGAAAGAACACCUCAUUAUUCACCAUAACGGAUUUGGAAGCACGGUUACAUAAUGGCUAUUUACUUCAUUCAGUGUAACUCCUCAAAGGAUAUAAAAUUGUGGAAUACCAAUGCUGUGUUGUGGACAUUAAAAGAAAGUGCACUUUGCUUUAACUAUGAUAACAUGGUUAAAUCGAUCAGUGUGAAUAAGAUGACCAUGAUAAUUAAUGUGACUUUUCAUUGUAAUAUAAAUUUUCAUUUACUGAAAUAAAUGUGUGCUGUGUAUUAUUUAAGGCUGUGGUUAUAGUUUUAUUUGCACAUCUCUGAAUCUCUUCAGUAGUUUAUUAUAUUAGUUCACAUGGGACCCAGUUAGAUUGUUGUCAUAGAUGACCACCUUCUGUUGUUGGCAUUCACAAAUUAUAUUUUUAAAUGACAUUCAGAAUGAAACCCAAUUUUAUAUUAUGUCAGCAUUAUGCUAAUGUAAUGUUGCAUGACACAGCUGUUAUAAAUUUCACUUUGCUUAAAUCCGAUUGAAUCUCUUCAUCUUACUUAAUCCAUCCUUUUAUUUUAACCUUCUUUUGUACUCUCUCCAGUCAGUGGUGACUUAAUAUUGCCUUCAGUGUGAAUUUUAAUAGACUAACCCUAAAGCAAAAAAGUCACUGCACUGCAUUGCUCACAAACUCCAAUUCAUACCGACUAAGCCACAGCAUGUGUGUCAAAAUAGGCAUUACACAAAACCUCGCUGUACAUAUUUUUUUCUUAAUAUUCGUGUCCUGAAGGAGGCAGGUACAGACGAACCAAAAUCAACAGUGCUUUCAGAACAUGGAUGUAACUGAAGAAGUAAUUGUGCAUGUGUAUGAAUAAAGAAAUGUUCCUUUUUAAUCUCA